AUGUCCUCGCUCCUAUUCACGAUGGGAGAUGCGAAGGCAGAGGAGACUGCUCUCAGGCAGCAGGCUCAUUGCUUCAUUGUGACUGCAUCAUCACUGCUGCAUUCUUCAAACGCUCCGCCUUUCCAUCAAAUGUGCACCAAUCAGAUAGAAGAGCAUCGAACAACGUCAAUAGUGGAUAUAUAUCCUAUUCAAGCUGUAUUCCGCUGCGGUGUGGUGGUGCUAUUCGUAUGUGCUAUUACUACCGUACCAUUAUUCAUAACUGCAAUUGCAUAUCAUCAUCUCAUCACCAUUCAGAUGGCGUUCAAUCCGUUCUUGGCGAGACCUGAUCUCGCACUUCUGCACCCUUAUCUUCAGCCACCACCCUUUCCAUCGUUACCUGGUCCAACAGGUUUUUUUCCUCGGUUACCAACCGAAAUGAACGAGUUACAACCGAUCACACACAUACAAGAGGAUGAUGGUGUUAUUGACGACCCCAAAGUUGAACUAGAUGACAAGCAAUUAUGGGAUCAAUUUUGUAAUUGUGGUACCGAAAUGGUUAUCACUAAAAGUGGAAGACGUAUAUUUCCUGCAUUCAAAGUGAAACUUUCUGGUCUUGAUAAACGUUCCAAGUAUAUUCUAUUAAUGGAUAUUGUACCAGCCGAUGAAUGCCGUUAUAAAUUCCAUAAUUCACGCUGGAUGGUAGCCGGUAAGGCUGAUCCUGAAAUGCCCAAGCGGAUGUAUAUUCAUCCGGAUAGUCCGGCUACUGGUGAGCAUUGGAUGGCUAAAGGCGCUAAUUUCCAUAAGUUGAAAUUAACCAAUAAUAUCUCCGAUAAACACGGCUUCACUAUAUUAAAUUCCAUGCAUAAAUAUCAACCUCGACUGCAUGUUGUUCGAUGUGCUGAACUGAUCAGUUUACCGUAUUCAACAUUUCGAACGUUUGUUUUUAAAGAGACCGAAUUCAUCGCUGUUACUGCAUAUCAAAAUGAAAAGGUAACUCAAUUGAAAAUCGAUAACAAUCCAUUUGCGAAAGGAUUCCGAGAUGCGGGUGCUGGUAAACGCGAAAAGAAGCGAUUGUUAAGCAAGAUCGAAUGUGGUGGUAAUGGUGUGAUAAAAAGCUGUGAUGAAACGAUUACCUCAGAGUCACCGAUUCGUGCUAGUAGUUCAGCGGACUCAGAUGUAUCUGAUGAUUCAGAAGAACCUAGUCAAAAACGAGUGAAAAGUGGCAAUGACGAACCACAACAGCAACCACGUCAUGUCAAUCAACCCUUCAUGAAUCACUCCCAUAAUCCUCCUCCUCAACACCAACAAAGUCUCAACCAGCAACAGUCCAUAAUUGCAUUAACGAACAAACAAAAUAGUUUUCUUUACGGUGCUACUCCACCGAAUGCAUUUCAACCAUUUUUCAACACUUACGGGUUUCCCACCUCCACAGAUUUCUUCUAUCCACCAGCGGUACCGGCGUUCAAUCGUGACAUAAUGAUGCAGCACGCCGCCCAGCAAUUCUCGAAUUUCUUCGCGAGACCCGUAAUGACCGCUCCAACAACAGUCCCAUCGUUAUCGUCGCCAAUCGCCAUAUCGUCGUCAUCAACAAUGCCAAUCGCCACAUCCUUAUCAACAACAACAGCCACAAAUCCAGGCACGUUGCCUCCUCGCUUCACCAAACAUACAAGCAGUCGUAGUAAUUCAUUAUCCAGUACAGCACCUCAAACAACCACCGUUGUGAGUUCAAUCAAGAAGAGUGGUUUUGAUGUCUCUGAUCUCCUCGCCAAACCGUGA